AUGUAUUACAUGAAGUCUUAUCGUGGAGUUGAGAAAUAUGUGGUAUCGCUAAUUUCUUUUGAAAAUGAAGAAAUAGAAAUAUCUUCUAUAGAUUUUUUGCGUUUGAACACUAAAGGCGAUACUUGUAUGCUUUGGUUACAUAAUAAAGAAAUAUGGUGUUUGUUACAGAUAUUUUUGGAAAGAAAUUCAAGGUCUUGGAUCACUAAGAAGAGACAGGAUUUAGGCUGUGUAAGUCCAGACCAAUCUUACUAUAUGUUCAAUCUUGGUAGGAGUGUUAAAGAUUCUACUGCUAACAGACCUGAGUGGAUUGAUUCAUCAAGGUUAAUAAUACCUUUAAUGGAAAACAACCAUUGGACAUUAAUCUAUGUAGAUUUUAUAAAAAAAACAUUAUCGCUCAAACUUACAGGAUUUGGUACUAUCAAGUUCAAAGUGUAUGAAGAACAUAUGCUUAAUUUGUGGAAAAGACGAAGGGAGUUUUAA